GUGCCGCGGGAGCAGCUGUACACUCAAAGCAACAGGAAAACAAACGAGCCUACAAGCCGAACUUCCCUCUCAGAAGAUGAGUGUUCUGUGUAGUUGGUAAUAUUCCCCUGUGCUGAUGGAGUUGACGUAAUCAUGUCUCACCGACUGACCAAGGAGGAGCUGGAUGAACAGUUUGAGCUGUUCUUGAAGGAGUCUGUUUCAGAUGACUCGUUGGAAUUGGGUGGCACUUCCAAGCAGCCGAGUGUUCUGGAUAGCCUGGGUAGAAGCAGGCAGAAGCCAGUCCAGAAACCAGCUGUCAGCACUGUGCAAUGGUGGCAAGAUGAUGAUGACAGCGAAGGAGGACCAGGGAGAGUCAUCUGUGUGGAGUCCUCUCUUAAGCCAGUCCCCAAGCCGCGCAGCAAAGCUCUGGAUAUGCUUGUUGAAUUGGAAAAGACCCACAAAGCCAAAUUGGAGGCAAGACAUGGCAGUCCAGUUGAUGACUCUGAUAGUCAGAGGAGCCCGACACGUGAAAAUCCCCAGAGUGCAUCAGGAGAGAGGAGUUCUGAUGAGACAAGCUCUAAUGAUAGUUCACCGGCCUGCUCUGACAGUGAUUCCCAGGGCAGCAGUGAAAAUGGACUGCUGGGAUGCGGGAAGACUUUCAGGAAGUCUUUGAAGAAGCCCCAGCCAAUACAAGAGGAGGAUGAGGAGGAACCUGGAAACAAGGGCUUAAGUGAGGAAGAAGAAAGGUUAAAAGCAGCCCACCAGGUGGCACCAGUGCCAACUGUGAACACGGAGACUAUGGGUUUGGACACUCUGGAGGAGGAAGAGGAGAAGGCCAAGUUCUUUGCACAGCUGGAGGCAGGGGCUUCAUCCACUGUAGAUUACUCCAAGUUAAACAGAGAGCUGGACUCUACAAGUUCCACCAUAGGCACCACCCUCAGGAAAGCCAGUGAUGCAGUAGAGCAAAGUGAAGAUGAUCAAAGGGAAGGCAGAGACUUGGAGACUGACAGAAAUUCUCCAGCUUUUGUUGCAGGUUCUUCACAGUACAGUGAGGAUUUUGAAGAUGAGGGAAGUGCAAACGAGCCACUGGAGGAGAAACCAAAAGGAUCUCCUAUGCUUGCGAAAGUUUCUCUCCAUGAUUCAUUGGACUCCAUUGGUGGAGAAGAUAGAAAGAAGGAUCCAGCAAGAUCAUUGGACAAAGGCCAGUCCUAUGUGCAGAGUGGAGGCAGUGAGGUGGAGGCCCUUCAUGAAGCCUACAGACAGAUCAGCCAUGCAGUGGAUGGGUCAGAUGACCACAACCGCCAUCUUCCAUCACUGGAGAGGAGAGGGAGGAGUGGCAGGACUGUAUCUCCUUCCUCCCCCCCUCAGCAUGCCAAGCACACACUCCAGCCAGCUUCUACCACUGACUCAGAGCUACCCACUGCAGAGGAGCUGAUGAGGCCCAUCAGACCAGAGGAUGACUACAUCAGAGGCUUCACCCUUCAGCCCAUCAGUGGUAAACUUGACCCAGUCAAGAUAUCUGGGUCUUUGGAGCAGAAUUUCCCAGAGUCAAAACCUAAGCCAGCACAGAAGGUUGAUUCUGCCACAGAAAUGAAGGGGUCCAGGAGGUUGACUAGCCCUCCAUCAUGCUCUCCUGACUUGACCCACAUGGACCGCACAUGGAGCAUCAGAGAGGAAGUUGAGCGGCUGAUGCAAGAUCAAGACAAACCUUUUACCAUUCCAUCUAUUCAGGCUAGCAAAGCUAAAAAACAGUGGGCCCACCGUGGAUCCACUAUGAGGUGCCCCUCUACUUCUUCAGCGAAGAGGCACACUGUGGCUCCUGUGAAAGGUAGAAGACUGGAGGCUAGAUCAGCAGUGGCCUCCAGGUUGUCAGGACCGGAUAGACCUGCUGCUGCAGCCCCCAAACCUACAAAGAGCCGAGAGGCAGAUCUGCAGGUGAGCAGUGAACUGAUAGCAUCAGUCCAGUCUUUUGCUGCCUUCCUCCAGCACCAGAUUGACACCAGCAGUCACCAGGAAACCACAGCCGCCCAGAAUGAGAAAUGCCAUCAUGAAACCAGACAUACACAACAACCCACUAAGAGAAUUAUGGAGGAGGAGAGCUCUCUGCUCAGUGCCCUGAGAGUCCAGCUGGCCCAGCAGGAGAAGGAGCUGCAGCUAAUGCAGCAGCACAAAGAGGAGCUCAGCUCACUCAAACAGCAAAACUACGUGCUGCAGAGCAAGCUGCGGAGUGCAGAGGAGGCCAGCCAGAAGAGGAGAUGGGCCAAGGCCACAGACCCUGUAACCGAAGAAAAACUCAAACAGAUUGAUAAAGAAAUGCAGGAACAGGAGACCCUUAUAAAGGGUUACCAGCAGGAGAAUGAGAAGCUGUAUGUGCAGAUGAAGUCUCAGCAGGUCAAGAGUAAAGCCAAUGAGGAAGCAAUGUUUACUGAAAACCAAAGACUGCUAAAUGAGCUGGCCUCAAUGAGGGAGCAGUGGAACAAGACCUCAAGGACUAUGGGAAAUGUCUGCCCUAUGGAUCACACUCAGCGCAUUACAGAGUUGUUGGCUCAAAUGAAUACACUACAGAGGAACGAGGCCAAGCUGUUGGAGGAAACUCACAGACUGAAGCAAGAAAAGCAGGCCCUUCAGGUCGACCUCCAGCUGAUGAAGCAAGAGAGAGACCUGGCUAAAGCCCAGGCUGUCUCUGCCUCAGAAAAUAAGAGCUAUGAGAUGCAUGUUCAAGAGGACAGGCACAAGGAGGAGGUUGCUGCCCUGAAGAAGAAGCUCCACUGGUUCGCUGAGAACCAGGACCUGCUGGACAGAGACGCUUCCAGGCUGAAGGCCGCCACCGCUGAGACACAGCAGCUCAAAGAACAGGUAGAGAAACUUAAAAUGGAUGUGGGGAAAAGAGACAGUCGUCAACAGAGCAAGACCAUGGAGAGAGCUGGAGAUGCCAGGAAGAUACAGGAUCUAGAGCAAAAGGUAAAAGAGCUCCAACAGAUAUUAAGACAGAGAAACCCCAACUCCCUGCCUGCUCUAAUCUAUGCUGCAGUCGCGGCUGGUGAAGCAGAGGGUCAGGACACUGCCAAGACCUCCCCACCCAGUCGGGUCACUGCCCUGUUAGAGCGCAGGAUUCAGCGUCUAGAGGCUGAACUGGAAAGUCAUGAUGAGGAGGCCAAGCGCAGUCUGAGGGCCAUGGAGCAACAGUUCCAGAGGAUCAAGCUCCGAUAUGAGCAGCAGAUCUCAGAGCUGGAACAACAGCUUGUGCUGAAGCAGCAGCUGGAGGCAGGCAGCUCUGCAUCUCACUCUGAGCCACGCGAGCUCCAGGUGCAAACCCUUAAGGAGGAACUGCAGCAGGUGAAGGAAACCCAUCAAAACAGAGAAAAGUCCCUCGAGGACCAGAUCCAAUCUCUCCAGCAACAACUCAACCAAAAGGCCCAGCCCAGUCCAUCCCGACACCAGCGUCAGGCCGAGACAGCUUUGGGUGUCCGGUUAGACCGGUUAAACCAGGAGCUCGCCACCAAGACACGAACCAUCCAGGAGCUGAGCCGCACCGUGGACAGACUGCAGAAGGAAAGGAAGUACAUGCUGUCUGUUCCUAGCCCACGACAGGAAGCCCGUUCUGGAGACACCAAAAGGCACCCAGCCCCAUCCAAGGCACCUCUGUCUACCGAUCCAGGGGACAGUGCAGGGGGGGAGACAUUUCCAGCCAUGCAGUGUGAGAAAGCCUACCAGCCCACUGCCUUCACAGGGAGCCAUAUCACUGAGGUGCUUCAGGAAAAUGAGGCACUAAGGCAGCGCCUGGAGCUCUUGGAGCUGCAGAAGGAGCAGGAGAAGGAAUCAUUAAAAGCCUCUGCUAAACAGGCUCAGGAUGAGCUACGCAGGCUAAAGGAGCAGUCUGCAGAGCAGCUGGCCUCUUUGACGGCUGAACACCUUAGGGAGCUAGACCGCCUGCGGGCCAACCACGCCCUGGAGCACUCCACCUCUAAGGUGGCUGAACUUACUAAUACAGUCAACACUCAGGAGAUCAUGGUGAAGCAUUUGCGAGACCAGGUAAAGGAGUUGCAGGGAGCCAAAGAUGCACUAGCAAUAUCCAAAAUUCGAGAGGACACUCUACAAAAUCAGGUGACCAAGCUUUUGGAGGAGUUAAAACAAGCUAAAGAAGCCCACAGCCCCGAGCUGAAACACUUCUGUAGCCUGGAGAAGAAGAUCCUAAAUAUGGAGCUUAGACACCAACAGAGAGAGAAAGAGCUGCAACAGGCAAUCUGUGGGUCACUGCAGGUGGCGGAGGCUGUUCAGCAGUCGGAACAGGAUGGCUGGAAGCGUCUGGCCCAGGAGAAGAGCAGGGAGCUGGAGACUUUCCGCCUGGAACUGGACUCCAUUCUAGAUGUCCUUCGUCAGCUCCACAGACAAGGCGUGAUCCUCCCCACUCCUGACCCUCUCACCUGGAAGAGUUGAUGCACCACUACAGGUGGACCAAUAUGGGGAUUUGAAAGUUAUUUAUUAUACAUCUGAACUGGAGCAACAACUAGAUAAUACUGUUUACCAUAUUCAGUAAAAAUAUGCCCAUUUUCAUGCCAGAAAUGACAAGAAAAUAAAUAUUUUCAAAAUAAUAAAAUAAAGUUGAUAAUAAACACUUCAUAUUGAUCAGUUCAUACUGAACAGUUCUAAGAUAAGUAUGAUAUUGUAGAACCAUCAUAUCUGAAUGGACCAGAUCCCUUUUUUUUUUUUUUUUUUUUUUAAUAAAAGGACAAUAUAAGUCAGUAUAUCAGCAGACAGAUAUAUUGCUCUAACCCAAGUGCUCACUGAUAGGUACACGUAAACACACAAACAACAAUAAAAUCACCACAGUAUGGUGUGUUUACUCAAAAUUCACUUCUUCCAGUCAUGUCUUCUUCAAGAAUUCUGUGGAAAAUCUAACAAGCAAGUAUUAAUGUUUCUGGUGUGUUUCUGAUU